ACGGUGUGUUCACGAGCUUUACGUAGUAAUAUAAAAACAACAUGGACGCUACAUUGAUAUACGUCGUAUAACCGUGUAACCCAUAAGUAGUAGGUCACUUAAUAUCCGGAGAAACUAGCGGUUACCACCGAGUUGAUGUUCCGGCUUUAGGGACUGUUUGAGUACAUUUUCUACGGUCUAAUUCUCAUUUCUUCGAUUGUUUCUCGUCACGUGAACGCAGAGGGAUUCUACUGCUUGAUGUGAGCUAGCCACAUCCCACCUUGGAGAUCAACAGCCCGCACUGUUGUAGCCUUUAAUAUUAAGAGUUUAUGAUUUAAAGAACAAGCUUUGGUCAGUGUAGCUGUCUAUAAGUUACAGUUCGGUCACUGUUUAUCACUGACUGAGGUUCUUUUACAUCUGGAGCUAGCUAACGGCAGCGUUAGCACAGCCGCAGGUAUGGCGGAGGUUCCCGGGACAUCGAGUGAGACGAUAACGGAGACCGUUCAGACCGGCACGCCGCCGCCGCCCCAGCAGGAGGGACGCAGCCUGACCAUCAAACUGAGGAAGAGGAAGACGGAGAAGAAGGUGGAGUGGUCAAGUGACACUGUUGACAACGAACACCUUGGGAGAAGAUCCUCAAAGUGCUGCUGUAUCUAUGAGAAGCCCCGACAGUUUGGAGAGUCGUCCUCUGAGAGCGAGGGAGAGGAUGAUGACGAAGGCUGCGGCAGUGCUCACUGCAUCCUUGGUCACGGCAGGAGAGACCACGGACAGAGGGGGGGCCGGGGGGCCACAGGGCCCCCCAACUCUGGAGGGGCUCACACACACUAAUGAGGCUGACAGAGGGGGGGUGAGGGGUUUGUCACACAUCAUUCAAACUGCACUCUGUCUUUAGUUUAGCUCCAUCAGUGGUGGUAGGGGGGGGGGGGCAGCCCGUAUGCUUCGUUCAGUGACCAGUUAAAAAGUCAGAAAGUCCAACUGCUGCUCUGAAACAACCUGAGUCAUUCAGUUAACAGCAGAGAGCAUGCUCAGUGUCUAACCAGCUAAAAGAUCACGUGUAACAUGAGUGAAGACGACACGCUCAGGUUAAAAAUUCUUCACAGUCUACUGAAGGAGAAGAGCUGUGAUUAAUACAGACUUUCUGCAUGUUUUAGUUCUGUCAUCACACAUACCACAAAUCCUUCCAAAAAGUUAAAAAGGAAUCAUCAGCUUUCCUAAUUUUAGGACUUUGGUCGUAAAUGCAGUUUGUGUCAAGCCUAAGUCUCAUUUUGGUGCCCAGAUAUGUAUAUUAGUAACAUGUACCACUUUAGGUAGAGGAGUUCACAUUUACUUAUUUUACUGACCAACAUUAAUAUAUGGAUGUAAAACACAAAUUAAAAGAGUGCCACAUCUUCAUGUUAUUCUCAAGUGUGGUAUUAAUGUAGAUGUUAGUUAUGAAAUAAACAGACUUCAAACAUGUCAUGACAUUUUCAGGUCACCUGCUUGUGACCUGUCAAUCCUGGCUAGUCCCGCCUUAACUCUUCCCCUGCUUCCUGGUCUCUGGGACUCUAAAUUGGACCAUAAUUUACUAAAUGAGAGAUUGCGAACAUAAACUCAUUUGGAUAGUGUUUACUGGGGGAAUAAAUCAGCUGAGAAGGAGGACAAUUUUCUCAUGGACUGCUUUACAAUCAGACAAACAGGGCCGUCCUCUUCUGGAAAUUAAAAUGAUGCAGGUUUGAGGCACUACAGGAGAAUAUGUUUGCUUCUUAUAGACAGUCUGUGCUUAUGAAGGAGCUGAGACAUGCAGAAACAGCAGGUAGAUGCUGAUACAUUUUCAUUAAAUUAGAUUAUUUCAAACCUUUUCCCCUCCCAGCAGCUGAAUACUGGUUGAUAUUGUUUCAAACAUAAUCAGAGGUUAAACAUAAUUGCUGACAGUUUCACAGGAAGCAGUCAGCUGCCCCUGUAACAGUCUGGAGCUCUGUGGUAAAUGUUGAUCAGCAGUAAUGUAAAGUGAUUGGUCAUAAAUGAGUUAAAAGCAUCCUGAGUGCAGAGCUUAGAGACUCCAUCAGUGUAACCCAAACAGACUCCUUGUUGUGCAGCGUGUUUGACUUUCUGACUGUGAAGCGUCUGAGCAGCUCACAGAGAGAAACAUGAGACAAUGACAGUGUUUUUAUGACUUUAUUUAUUCUCUGGUCUUAAAUCUGCUGAUUCUUGAUGUGCAGUCUUAGUGAGACAGACGAUCUCACUUUAAGUAAUAUAACUGAUUUAAUUAAGCAGACACAUGAUUGACUUUGUUCUCUGACUGACAGAAGGAUGCUGUUUUUUGUAGUUUACAUUUGCUUGGUUGAUUUUUAUCUGAAAGUUUCCUCUGGACAAUCCUGCACAUCUUUCAGUGUUUUUAAUGAGAGACAUCAGAGCGGAGGAGAGAGAAGCUCCACAAAGGAUGAAUAAGGACAGUUCUUAUUUUAAUUUUUGCAACAUUUCACUUAAAUAAUAACAGUUAGAUUCUCUGACAAUUGUGUGAAGAUGCAGCUUUAAGUAUCAGACUGUACAUAGAGUGUGUAACAGGAUCACGCUAACAUGGCGGACAGGACAGGUCGGGUGAGAUGAGGUGAAGGUGAAGGUGCAUGCCUGCAGUGACUCACCUGUCGCAGCCUCCACCCUCCUCCUCAACCUGAGACAUGUCUCACAGCAGUGUGUGUAACUCAGCUCAUUAUCCAACACUUUGUGUAUUAUUAUCUACACACAUUGUUACAUAUGUACAUCGUUCUUGUAAUGCACCUUUCUGUAUAUACUGUUGAACAUAAUGAGAGCAGAUUUAACGUGAAAUAAAGUUUUCAACUGUGAUUAAACUGA